CACUAAAUGGCACUGACACAUCAAAGUAAUAAACAGUCAGAUGUUCAUUAACAAAGAUCAUUAUUUUGUAAUGUAAUUAUUCAUAAUUUCAUAAUAACUUUUAAAAUUAUAUCCACUAAUAAUGUUUUUAAAUAUCGUGCUUUAAAUUGCUAAUUUAGUAGUUAAAAAUUGUACUAAGUAGUGUAAAUACAAUGGGUGCAUUGUUUGGUAAAAGUAAAAAACCUGUUAGUAGAAUAACAGAACAAGAUAAAGCCAUCUUACAAUUAAAGCAACAAAGAGAUAAGCUGAAACAAUAUCAAAAGAAAAUAGAAUUAAAUUUAGAGAGAGAUCGGCAAUUAGCUAAAAAACUAUUGGCCGAAGAUAAGCGCGACAGAGCAAAGCUACUUCUUAGAAAGAAAAAAUAUCAAGAAAAUCUUUUACAAAAUGCUGAUAUCCAAUUGGAAAAACUAGAGCAGCUAACUCACGAUUUAGAAUUUACCCAAAUUGAAGUACAGGUAAUUGAUGGCUUGAAGACUGGAAAUGCUGCGUUAAAGAAAGUUCAUGAUAUUCUUAACAUUGAUGAAAUUGAAAAGAUUUUGGAUGAAACAAAAGAAGGUAUAGAAAAGCAAAGAGAGAUAGAUGAGCUUAUAUCUGGCCAGCUGUCUGAAGAGGAUAAUGAAGCUGUGGAAGCUGAGCUGGAAGCCAUUCUUGAUGUGGAAGGAAAGUUGCCCAAUGUGCCUACGGAUAAACUGCCAGAUCUUGUCGAAGAGAAAGAACCAGAAAGACCUCAAAGGACAAAAUCUAGCUCUAAAAAGAUAGCCGUGGAAGCUUAAUAUUUGUUUAUAUAGUUUAUAAAUCAAUAAGUAUAUUUUAUUUGUGUUUAAAAUGUUAUUACAGCAAUAUUAUUUGAAACCUUUCCACAAACAAGUUAAUUUUUUCCUAAAAAAUCUGGAUACUUUUUAAUUAUAUACCAAUUACUAGUCUAUUAAUACUUGUUGUCUAAUCAUUUUCAGAUAUCAGCUUUAUAUAAAUAUAAAUAUUAUUAAUUAAAAGUUUAAACCAUACUUUAGUAAUAAAUAAAAAUGUAUUUUGUAUUAUUGCAUUUAUAUCAAUAGGUUGUUAAAAUGUUUGAAUAAAAAAACAGAUAUUCCUUUCA